CUGAAAUUUUUAGAGAAAACUAAACCUUGAAAUAUAUCUAUACACAAGCAAAAUGGAAAACGAUAAAGGUGAACUCGUUGAAUUGUACAUUCCAAGAAAGUGUUCUGCCACCAACAGAAUUAUUAAGGCUAAGGACCACGCUUCUGUCCAAAUCAACAUUGCCAACGUUGAUGAGGAGGGAAGAGCUAUUCCAGGCUCUCACACCACCUACGCUUUGUGUGGAUACAUCAGAGGAAGAGGUGAGGCUGACGACUCUUUGAACAGACUCGCUCAACAGGAUGGUUUGCUCAAGAACGUCUGGUCUUACUCCCGUUAAGCAG